GUAGAUAUCUACGACUUUUUGUCGAGUUGAAACUGUGAUUGGAGGGUUAACUUUAAAGGAAAGAGUUACUUAAAUUAGGUAAACCAUUAAUUUUUAUCUACAUUCUUUUGUUUCCCUUUAUUCACAAGCAAAGAUUUUUUUUACUGUCUGUCAUGUAACGAAGAACAGGUAAAAUCUUCUGUUUUGCUUGCAUCUGCUCUGCCAAAUCAAUCUCAAUCACAUCAUCAGCCUGGCUAAGUUUUAAGAAGUAAGAAUUAACUUAAAUGACUAAAAAUGAGUAUACUUGCCUAGGUGCUGACUGGUCACUGAACUCACUGGUAGUAUUAGUAGAAUAAUAGACCAUGGGCCUAUAUUCAAUAUUAUCCGUAGGCCUAUUUAGGCUUUAUCAUAUAAUAAAAUUAACAUUAACAUAUACUGAAAAGUAUUUGCUGUGUAUUUUUAUUAGUAUAUGCUGGUGAGGAGUAGGGCGGUGAUGGGUAGGGCGAGAAGCGCCUUUAUAAUACAUAUAUGAUGGGUAGAGCUCAAAAAGUCAAUGCUUCCUUCUGCAAAUUGGCUUGACCCUAAGCCUAAGCAUAAUCCAAGAUGAACGUAAAAUUAUUGUAUCCCUCAGAUGAUACGCGGUAAGACCCACCGCUGACCUACAGUUACAGUCGUUCCCUUCCCUCAUACUCAUAUUCAUGUAUUUUCAAUUGUGGGUUUUAGCAUACUGCACACCACAAAUUAUAGACAUUUUAAAUCCAUUUUAAUUUUAGAAUAAUUUGUAAUCUGAUGAAAAUGGAGUGUUGUCUGUGCAAAAAGUAGCUAGUUCGGUAAGAUCCGGGAAGUGCAGAAAACCAGGUAUCAUGAUUUUGUUGUCAAAAUGGCAACCUCCACUUUUUAAUUUACCUUAGAGUCACGUUGUUUACGAAAUUUUUAACUAUUUAUAACCCAGCAUAUAAAUUCUAUUUCCGCCCACAACUAGAGUAGACAUGAUGUAUUAUGAUUAGACACUUGAGUCCCCCCAAAAAUUUGGGGGCUUCACUUUGAAAAUUGAAGGUAAAAUAAUGCAAUUUUUACUCAUUGAUAUUUUUUGUGUGGAAAGGAGCCUUUCUUUGAAUUUCAGGGACUUUAUAAAUAAUGGCAUUAACUAUAACAUAUCCAAGACAUGCUAAUUUAGGCCAUCAGUUUGGUCAUAAAUUUACUGAGAAAUUUUAAUCACGUGUGUCCCAAAAUUACCUAUUAUCGUUAAUAUUGGUUGCUAUGGUAAAUAACCUGAUUUACUCUGGAAAUCCAGCCUAUUACCCCCUAAUAACUCAUUUAAAAAUAAACAAAAAAUAAUUAAUAAAACAAAGACAUAUUUUUAAUAUGAUUUGAUGCUUUUAUUGAGGGAUAUUAGGUUGAAAACGCCUUAUUAAUUACAAUGUAUAGCUAACUAUUAGUUUUAUAUACUGGUAUAUGCAUAAUAUUAACUAUAUACAUACAUAUAAUUUAUAUACAUAUAUAAUAUAUAUGUAUAUAUAGAGGCCUACAAUAGUAUUACUAUUGUAAGUGUAGAACUAUCAUAUUAAUCAUUUUAUUUACUAAUUAACACUUGUUUUAAUCUUUACUUGUAUACCCCCCCCCAAUAAUUAUGUGUAGGACCCAUUAUUCUUAUGUAAUGAUAUAUAUGGUGAUUCUUAAGGCAUAAAUUAAGUAAAAAUGUACACAAAAUAUUCACUUACCUUUGGUAUUGAAAUAUCCUAUAUUUAAACACAUAUCACACUAUUCCAAAAGAGAAUUAUUAUAUAAUCCUCAGUAUUCUCAAAGAAAAAACUCACUUUCUGCCACAAUAAUCCAAGAAUUACAUGAGAUAUUACUAACAUUUAAUAAUAAAACAUUGUAAUUACCUCAAGAAAAUAACUAGAACUUAUUUAAAAUUCUAUCAACAGCCAAAGUUGAUUUUAACAAUAAAUGUUGAUCUGUGAAACAACUUUACUAACUUAAAAUAAAUGACAUACUAUUUUUUGUCAUAUUCACACAUUCAUAUGGUUGGGACUAAAAUAUACAUUAUAUAGAAAAUGGUAAAAUAAAAAUUGUAAUUGUCAAUUUUAACUUAUGGAAACAAAUAAUCCCUUUAUUAUUAGUAUAUCCUUAUAAAUUUUAAACAAUUCCACAGAAAAUUUGAAAUUAAUAUCUUAAGAAUAUUUUAUUAUUAUUAUGAUUUUUGGGAAAUUAAAUUUUUUUUAUAUAUAUAUAAUCAAUUAAUUAAUUACAAAUAAGUGACGAGUCAGCAUUUUAUAUAUAUUUUUAAUAGGAAAAUAAUAAGGAUUUUUAAAAAUAAUUUUUGCGGAAUAUUAACAGAAACUAACUUAUAUUUUGUGGUUUUAUUUAGAGAUACUCUAAUUAAAAUAUGUUCCUUGUAAAUAUUAUAUUUUGUCUCAUUUUAUAAUAAAGUUAUAGGCCUCUAAAAAAAAAGCAAAAUGAGGGUCACAAAAUGUGGAGGAAAAUCCCAUGCCCAUAGUAAAAACAAGUGCCUUUGAGGUCCCUACUAAAAAAUAACUUUUGAACCACUUGAGCUAGAAAGUUGAUCUUGGUGUUUUUGUAAUCGAUUCUCCAGGCUCUAUAAAGCUGUAGUAUUUUUAUAUUUUUUAAAAUGUUUUGAAAUUUUUAUAAAAGUACCUACAAAAAGGAAGUGUACAAUUUAUUGGAAAUGUGCAUAACAGUAAUAACACAUUUUAAUUGCAGCCUGGGGAACCUUAUUCACACAGGGCUCAUCUUGCAGACCCAGUCACUUAUUAUAUAUUAAUUACACCCUCUUAUUAUUAAAAUUAAGCCAUUCAUUACAAUUUUUCUCUAGAUCGUGUAUUAUUUUAAUAUAAAUUUUUAAUUGUACUAGUUCUACCUAGAAUUUUAAAAAUAUCAACUCGAGCAGGUAAGCUUUGGCUCAAGCUACCUUUGGCUUUUGGAACCAAAAAAAUAAAGUAUCAGGAACAAAACAGUACUGUCACUCUCCAUGACUCCAACCACAGCCUAUACUCUAAUAUGGGCUAUAGUCUCAGGCUAUAGGCAUAAUAAUUAGAAUAUACACCUUUUGUUAUAUUAAUGGCAGUGUCUACACGUCUGGCGACCGGACAAAUAGUGCGGGAGAUAUACUUCCGGCGGGCAUGUCACAUGACCGCCGGAGGACUAGUGAAAGAUUUUAAUCCGGCGUAAGACAUGUCAUAUCUCGAUAAAGAUUUCGGCCGGCCGCUGGGCGCGUAGCACUUCGUAUUUAAUAUGCUAAAGUUAAUUUAUUAUUGCAAAGUCAUUUAAUUUAAAACAAGAAAUUAAAACAAUCAACAUUUUUGUUUUGAAUUAUUCAUGACUGGAAGUGUUUAUGCAGUUAACAAGAUAUUGUCUGCCCCUCAAUAAAUUAAUCAGGGUAAUCCCAGCAUUCAGCACUGAUGUGACACAUAGAUUAAUCUGGCACCUGCCUGCUCAUCAUCAAGUUUAUGGCUAACUAUUGAACAUGAUUUACAAACCUUUGACCUGUAAUCAAUCAUAAUGUUGUGAAUUUUGAUUGUAUUUCAGGAUGCAUAAUAUAAAAAAGAAGCACAAAGUUAAAUUUUAUUUAAUUAAAAAUAUUUUCAGUGUUGUCCCCUUGCUCCCUCAUAAUCUCAAUAGUUAAGACACCAUAUUAUAAACUAGAUGUAGAUGGACGAACCAUAAUAGACUGCCUAUCUAUCAAAAGGUGAUGGGAUGGGCUAAAUGAUUUUGAUGUGUUCCAUUUAAUUGGUUAAAGUAUAAAAUUCGCUGAAAACUAAUAAUUGCGGAUGAAUGAAAAAUUUAAAUGUCAAUAAGAACACAUGUUUCAACACAAAUUUAUAGGUUUGUGGAACAAAGAGUUUCUUCAAGGCUUACAUCUGGACAUUUUAGUGGGCAUACCAUUAAAAUAUUGAUAGGCUAAACUUUUGAUAGAUACCUCAUAAGGCUAUAAUCUAGGUAGCAUUGUAAUUAUAUUAUCAAAGCUAAGGAUGCCCAAGGGUCUAUUUUCUUUUUACUGUUAUUCAAGUUUUGUGUUUAUAAAAACUAAUUUUUAUUUUAUUGGAAAUAUUAAAUAUUUGUCUACGUAAACUGUUUUUCUAUGUCCUAUUUUAAUUACUAUGAUGAAGUUGAGUCUUAUUUAUUUGAUGUAUUUUAACAAAAAUUGUAUAACCUAAUUUAUAUGUUAUCUAAUUUUAAACAAUUCAUAGACUGUUAUGUCAAUAAUUUUACAAUUAUUUUGAUGAUAAUUAUUUGUAUAGGAUUAUAGCCUGGGGCAUAUAUAAUACUAAACUAAACUAAAUAAUACUAAACAGCACUAGACUCUAAGACUAAACAAGUAAAGACACACAGUAAAUGUUACAAUAGCUUAACAAUUAAUUAAAAUUUAUUAUUAAAUACCUUAUUAAAUAAAAAAAAUACUAACUUAAAUUAGUUUUAAUUUCUUAGACCUACUAUAAUUAUUUAUUUUAAAUUGUAGGACUAGUACUAUUAAUAGUAGGUGGCAGCAAAAUUUAACUAAACUUUUUGUUUAGUAAUGAUAUCUGUAUUCUAAAAUUACAUUAAAAAAUUAAUAGAUUUACUUGAUUGUUAUUUAUAUUUAAAGAUGCAGAUUUUAAAACGUUCUUAUUGAUUUUUAUCGAGAACACAAUUGUUCCUGAUGAAGCUAACAAAACUGGCAACAUUUGUUUUUUUUUGUUUUUUUGCGUCCAGUGAUUUGUGGGGUGCAUUGAUGUUAAGCUGAAAGGGCUAGCAUUCAAGGGACAAUGGAAGUAUAUUGACUAUUUCAAAGUUAUUCCUGAUCCAAUUUGGAUGGUAAAUUCCAAUUUAGAUGGUAAAUGGCAUUUUUAGGUCCAAAUUUGUUUGGUUGGAAAAACAAAAGGAAUUAAAGAAAUUUAUAGCUUAUGACAUUGUCAAAGUGACACAGCAAAGAAGGUUCACUUCAUUGGGUAAAUUGUAUGAGCGUUACUGUAAGACUAAUAUUUCACGUCAUUGAUGACAAAAUUAAUUUAUUGUUAGAAAUCUGUGACAGCAAAACGCAAAAGUCCAAAGUCACGGUAGAGCCUGUAAUUAAAUGACCACAAAAGUUUUUCCGCCAUUUUUUGAAGUGCGCAGCACAUGUACUCAAACAAGUUAUGAAAUACCUAACUCUUUCGGUUUCGAUCGAAAGUCUUUCUAAGCUUUUGGUUUCUGUUUCUUCAGGAAGCAUUUUUAACUUUCUGUUUAGAUUUGGCCAAAACCAGUAAAAUCACAUUCGGCCUGUCUCUAAUUUUAUUAUCAUCAUCUAUGUGUUAAUUUUUUUAGGACAGUUACUAUUUAAAAUUUUUGUAAUAUUUACCAAAUUGUCUUUUGUUAAAUUGAAUAUCCAUAAACAAAUGGUGUAAUGCAUGAGUCUGCAAAUUUUUGUGGACGAGGGCUUGUAAGAAGAUCUCUUUAAAUUGAUUGUGCCAAAUUCAAAGUGGCCUACCUUUUUGAUUGGAGUAUCUCAAAAAUAUUAUUUUAAUAAGAAAAGCGCAUAUUAUUAAACAUGUAAGACACACAUUUUUCCUUUUCCUAAUGCAACAUGAAGCAAGAAAUUGUCUGAGAUGAGCUUUGUUUUGCUUUGAAAUGUUAGAUGAAAUUUGUUAAAUUGUUUUUUUGAAUCUGCAGAAAAAGAUAAUUUUUAAAGCCAUUUGCUUUAAUUAUUAAAGAUUGGCAAUGUUACUGUUCAUUCAAGAGAACUUAAAUUUCAGUUUAAAAAUUUGCGACAAAUCUAAAAGUGUGAUUGGAGCAAAUAAAUUUCACUAGUGAAACCACAGAUUCAAGAUAUUAUUCACAUCGUCUGUUGAUGAUUAAUGGAAGAAAGAACCAUUAGCUUGGACCAGACAGCACCUUUAUUUAUUUAUUUAGGCAUUUUUAUAUAGCGCUUACCAUAAAGCUCUAAGCGCUUUACAAUUAUGAAAAACAUGUAAACUAAGUAAAAUAAAAAGACAGCCUUGUAAAUUUUCCCAACCGAACCUUUCCCUUUACCACACUUAUUUUACCACCGCUAUAGUUUGCAGAGCCUGGUGUAUUGUUUGGAAUAAAUAAACAAAAAGAAGUUAAGGUGUAAGAAAAUCAGUUUAUUUAAUGGAAGAGUAUACAUGUAUUGUAAAGAACUAAAAUACGGUUUUCAUUAUCUGGCAGGCAUAUCUUUGGCCAGCUGUCUCCAUAAUAUUGUAAAAUACUUCUUCCCGCCCCUUUGUUUGCUUGAUAUUUUCUUUCUUGUCACUGUACAACUCCCUGUCACUAUAACAUCCCUUUCAUUAUACAUUGUCAUUCUUUGUCUAGACCUCUUAUUUGAAACAUUUAAAAAGUUCCCUUUCUUUCAAAUCAUACUUAUCUAUAUUGACCCAGAACUCUAAUUUUAUUCUCUCUUUCUCCAAAUACUUAUUAGUACCUGGUAUAACAUUUUGACUUGCUUUCUGCAAACAAGUUUUGCUAACAGUUAAACGAAAAAUUCCUGUUACCAGAGGUGCAAGGGGGAAACAUAAUGGCAGGUAUUACCCUACAUGAAGUUGAGGGAGACCUGCUCAUUCAUGUUCCAAAUGAAGCAACUGUCAUUGGCCGAGGUCAGUUUCUUCAGGUUAGUAAUGAAAACCCAAAUUUGUAAAUUUCAAUUGGUUAAAAUUCAAUCUAGUAUUUUCUUUCUUAAAAAACGUCAAAGAUGCAUGUUUCCCUGCUUGUUGAAUUGAGUUUAAUAAAUGAAGGACUGCGUUCAAGCUGUGUGAAGGAAAUGAAACGGUAGAACAAGGUAUGUGGAAGCUUGAAUAGAAAGACAGAACAAUAAAAUAAAAACUUUUUGGCUAAUGUUAUUGCCGUAAGUUCAAUAACAAUGGCAAACACUUAAAUUUUUAUCCCUUUUGUCAGGGCCAUAAAAGGUUGCCCUAGUUUCUGGACAUAUUAAAAGUUAUUAAAUUAAAAAAAAACUUUCAAGCACAGUGCCUGCCCUGAUCGUCAAAGUGGCCAUUAUAUAGUUUAACAAUACUUUAAUUUUAAAGAAUUGAUUUUUGUCAGAGUUUUUUGUUGUUGAAAUUGUGUUUUAGAAUGAAAAAGCUAACAAUUAAGAGUAUGAAAAAGAUAACAAUUAGAGUAUGAAAAAGAUAACAAAUAAAGUAUAUGAAAUUGUAACAUUGAGUUUCCCCAUGUUUUUCUAGGUUACAGACAAGAGAGUUUCAAGGAGUCAUGCACUAUUGGAAGUAUCUGACGGCAAGCUCUUCAUAACACCGGUAAAAUUUUGACUCAUUGCUUCUUACCUUAUUUACGAUUUUUUUUUGUGAAUUGUAUUAAUGAAUUUUAGUUUGUUGGCCAAUGAAAGCCAUCAUCUGAAAUAUUUACUGUUAUUUUUUGUCUUUAGUGAAGUUAUCCCUUAAAGACUUUUUGCGUUUGAUUAUUAUUCAUCUGAAGUUUAUUUGUGCAACUGGAAGAAAAUUGAUCCGCACCAAGAAUUUUAAAUUGCAGUAACGUUAUUAUUUCUUAUCCACCGAUUGUGACUGAACCUGUGAUUUCAGACACACACGAACCCAUGUUUCCUUCGAACAACAACUUCUAAAGAACAGAAGACUCUAACUCGUGACGUGAAGCAACUUCUGGAGGAUGGAGAUGAAUUUGGCCUUCUCCCUGACCAGCUGUUUUACAGAGUUUCAUAUCCUCAAGUCAAUGGAAAAGACAGGUAGGAAACUUUGUUGUCAGGGAAUAAAGGUUGAUUGAAACAAAUAGGAUUAAGUCAUCUGCUACUUUCAGGAUUAAGUCAUCUACUACCCUCAGGAUUAACUCAUCUGCUCCCUUCUUUUCAGUUACGUUGUUUGUCCAAUGUUCAUUUCACAAAGAGUAUGAUGAUCUUACAUGGAUUAGCAGCUGUAAAGAUAUUCUUCUUACCAUAUUUUUUGUUGGUUUUCCUGAAUUUAUUUACAAACAUGCUUUUAACAUUAAGGAUGCAAAUUGUCUUUUUUUGGUGCAAUUUUAGAGAUGAGGUCAAGAAUGAGGAGAAAGAUUUGAUAAAAAAAGUUGAAGAAACAAAUGAAAAAGAUGAGAGUAAGUCUGAGAAAGUCUCCAAUGGAAGUCCAUUAGUUACUAAAGCUGAAGAAAAGCCACCAAGAAAAGGUUCGAACUAUUUUAUAUUUAUGUCAUACAACAUUACUUUGGCAGAAUAUGUUCAGUAAAGAAAUUUUUAAAAAAGCAAUUUCAUAUGAUAUUCAGUAUUUUGUGAUCCAGUUAAAAGACAAAAACUUGUUUUAUAAUGUUGUAAUUUUAAUUUUGUCAUUACUUGUAGAGUCAAAUGAUGACAGAGAGGAGGUGACUAAAAAGACCCAAAAGAAGGAAGACAGAGAAGAGGAGAAAAGUGAGGUAAUUACUUUUGAACAUUAAAAGUUUUUUUUUCUUUUUUUUUAUAACUUGGGUAGUUUUUCAAACUUGUUCUAUAAUGAAGGUGGUUCUUUUAUGUUUUCUUGUAAUGAGGUUAGUUAGUGCUUAUAUUUUUGUGUAUCUUCCAUUUCUAUCUAUAUUAAAAAAAUCAUGUCACUUUUGUAUGUUCAUAUUUUCUCAUAAAACUGACGUUUAUUCUUAAGAUUUUGGCGUAUGAAUUAUUAUUUUGAGAUAUAUUUUACGAUUGUAUGCCAAGACUUGUCAGAGCUAUGAUUUCAAUAGACCUGUUUGAAAAUAUAUAUUAAUGGUAGUUUUCCUGAUUUAAAAAAAAAAACACAAAAAACACACUUUUUUGGCUGAGAUUUUUUGUUCUUUACUAUAUCCAGCGAUGAAUGGAUCUAGAAAUACGAUUUGUUGGGGACCAUCUAUAAUUAUAAUUAGAGGGGAAGGGGUGAUGUUGAUUUAGGGGAUUUUUGUGCAUGGGUGUGCUUGGAGGGAUAUGUAUAAAUAUUUAAGUCCAUAAAAAUAACUCUGCCACGUUUUUGUGAUGAUGGUCAUAUGAUUGCUUUCCAUAAUGAACUUGCUAGACACUGCAACGGGGAUAUUAGUCAAUUUUUGUCAAUCCUUGCAUUUGUUUUCUUUGGUGCUGUAUGAUGUAAUUUUGUGACAUAAUUAUUUCGUUCGGCUGAACUGUAGAGGAUGCAAAAAACAAUUGUUUAGAAAUAAAAUGAGAAUGCACUCUCAAUUGUUCUGCACAGCAACAUUAGAUUUCAACAUUUUACAAGAUCUGAGAAGGCCUUUGAAAUCUAUGUCUAGAGUGCACAAAACAGCUGUAUGAGUUUUAAUACCCCCAUUUGAUUCCAACACUCAUCCUUUCACUCAUUUUCAUCUUGUGGUAAUUAUCAGACUAUAAUAAUAUUUCAAAAGGAAAUAGUCUUAAUGGAUAUUGAUUCUUAUUUUUUUUAUUUUUGAAACAUCUUUUUUCCUUAAAAAUUUAUUUCAAGUUACUUGGUAGGUUUUGCAAAUGAUGUCCUCAUUUAUUAAUUAAUUCUUAUUUCAGUAAAUUUUAUUUUAUACUGAAUUGAAUUUGAUUUUGAACCAUGUUAAAUUUCACCAGUACUUUAUUUUCACCAGUAACUUUUAUUUUCACCGGUGACAGGCGGUAAUAAUGUGAUCUGCAUGUCCACCCAAAUAUUAACUGAUAUCUAUAGGACACCGCAACUGUCUGGAGAAGCAGAGUUUUUUGCUUAGGAACAGUAACUCGACAAGUACAAACAGGCUUUGCUAGAGACGCUGUCAGCUUUUUUUUUUUUUACUCUGAAAGUAGUGUUAAUAACUCCGGUUUUCUCUUUACAUGUAAUGUUCAAAAAAGGCAUGCUCUUGGAAAGGGCUCACAUUUAGCUUUUCGAUGAUCUCAAGAUUACCUCUCUAUCACCUGUAGAAGAAAAGUUAUGAUUUUUUAAAAAUCUCCCUCAUUUAAGCAAUGUGAUGCAGAAUUUUUAGGUCCAUACUAUAACUAUAAUCUUUCUUUAAAAUUUAGUUUUGUAACUUUCUAGCUUUCAGAGGUGCAGCAAUCAAAUUAUGUGGAGUUCCUAAGAAAACAAUUUUUAACAAAAUAAAACGCAUAAAUUGUGAAUUAAUUAUUAUUUUUUUGUUCAUUUAAUAUGAUCAGAUAAGGAUAUGGUGUGGUUAAUAUUGACAUUUAUAAACGCUGAUACUUUAUAAAUAAAAAAUAAAAUAGCAUAACUAUUAAAUUAAUGAAGAUGAUGAAAUACAAUUUUCUAAUUUUAAAAAAUUGUUCAGCUGAAAUUAAAGACAUUUUCAUUUAUUAAUUAUCAUUUCCCAUUAAAAUAAUUAACCUCUUCAUUAAAAAAAAAUUUAGAAAAGCUACUGCGGCCGACAUAUUGCUACAUUUAAAUACUUCAUUUUAAAACUAAUAAAGCUAUAGUAAUAAUAUUUCCACAGAAACAGUUAGAAUCCAGCUGAAAUGGACAUUUUAUUAAAUAUUAUUUCCCAUUAAAAUAAUUAACCUCCACAUUUAAAAAAAAAAUAUGAACAGCAACAGCGGCCAACAUAUUAGCCUGUUAAAUACUUCAUUUUUAAACUAACAAAGCUAUAGUAAUAAAAUUUUCCACAGUAACAGCUAGUGGCCAGCUAAGAGGAAAGAAAUUUUAUUAAUCAUUACACUCGCCAGGUCUUAAAUCCCUGUACAGCUGCUGUUUUCACUUUGUUCUAAGACAUCUUUGUAGUUCUUUGUACUUGUCAGUAAAGAACCCUAGCUCUGGGUGACCAGGGAAGCAAUAACCUCAGUUGCAGUGUCCUAUAGCAGAUACACAUCUUCAAAACGAAGGGACCUCAGAUUGCAGUAGAAACUUCAAUCAUCUACUUUUGAAAGUUUCCUUUUUUUGGCGCCAGCUCAACUUAAUCCCACGUGACACAUUAUGUGCAUAGUUUUUAUAAACAUCAUAUAUACUGAAUGUUUGUUUAUUUACUAUUAAGACAUUGUAUUGAACAAUUUUGAGACGAUAUUGCACAAGUUUAUGAGUUUGAUGGUAAGAGGUCUGCUGUAUUAUUGUUUCAAAUUAAAAACUAACCUUUUCCUGAUCAAUAAUGUAACAUAACAUGAUUUUUCUGAACAUUUUUAGGAUGUGUCAGCAGACGGUGUCAAAGAUAAAGAUGAUUCUAAUGUUGACAUGGCAAUGCCAGUAGACAAAACUCGAGUUCUGCCAGAUUGGAUGAUUAAAGCUGCUGGUUCACCUACAAAAACUACAACAGCACCAAAGAAGCCAGCUGCUAAAAAACAGCCAGGUGAGAGCAUUCACAGCAAAGUUUAUCACUAAUUUCCUUCAUCACCAGCUAUAAUCACAAUGUCAAUAGACAUCUUUAUGGGCAAUUAACAUUAAUGUUUAUGGACCAAAAUUUUUUGAAUCACAAUGAUCAAAAGGAUAUACCUGAAAGGAUAAAUAUCUCAAUUUCCAAACCCCAAAAAUUCACAAUUUGUCUUCAUAUAAAUGAUAAAGUUUUUAGCUAAAAUGGUUUAACAUUGCUCUUUCUUUUGGUGCCAGUAAUAUCUUGGUUAAUAUACACAAACACAAUAUGGUAUCACCAGACAAUUCAAUAUACCACAUAUAUAUUCUGUAUAUUUGAAUCUAGUUUAUGACCAGUUAGUUGUUUUUAUUAGUGGUAAUAAUACAAACAGAGCUAAACUCCUAACUUUUGUAUAAUGAUGAUUUGUUGCCUGAGAUCUUGAAAGUCAUUGAUUACAGAUCAUAAAUCAAUAUUAAUUUGUUUGAAAACUAAAUUGAUAUACCAUACUCUAUUUCAUCCUUAUCUUCCUGUAUGUUAUUUCACUAUAGUAUUAUAUUUUUACCUAGGCAAAUCUAGUUAUUCAUUUAUGGUAAAUGAAAGAAAAUGAUUUAUUAUAUUAUUGAAAGCUUUAAAGGAAAGAAAGUUGUUCAUUAUUUAAAGCUUUCAGUAGCCCAUGAAAGAAGAUGCGCAUGGCUUGCAUUGUAAAAUUUAAUAAUUUAUUCUGGAAUUUUUGGGAUUAUUUCUGUUAAGAUGGAUAAUUUUAAGUCAUUUAAUCCCCCAUGUUUUUUUAUUGCAGUGAAAAAGCAAGACACAGAAUCAGACGAGGGUGGAAACGAGGGUGAUGAGGAAGAGGAAUUGGGGGAAAAAGAAAAGACAGCUAAAGAUAGUGAUGAUGAUUAUCAGGAGGAGCCAUCUGAUGAUGAUUAUGUUCCAGAGAAAACGUCUAAAGCAAAAGGGGGCAGGGGGAAAAGAAAAAUAAGCAAGGACAGCGAGGAGGAACUAAGUGAUGAUGAUGACGACGACUAUUCACCCAGAAAAGGAAAAUCCAAAGCUGGCAAGAAAACACCCAAAGGAAAGGGGAGAGCCAAAGGGAAAAAAGCUGCAGUGAGCACUCCAAGAAAGACACCAGCCAGAAGGAGAAGUAAAAAGAGAGCAUCUGAUGAUGAAGAAGAGGAAGAGGUUAGGUCUACAAGGAGGCGGCAUGAUGACGAAGAAGCACCAGCUGGAAGACCCCAGAGAGCAGCGAGACAGAAACGGGGAAGUUAUGGUAGGUCGUACAGUAUGAAACAAUGUAAUGUGUGAUUGGAAUUUUAAAUUUGCUCACAGUUUAAAACAUUAAGUCAUUUAGUCCUUAUGUAUGUCUAACUUCUCUCCAGUGGAUGAUCCUAUGAUAGAAGAAGCUCUUGAAGACUUUGCAUCAGAUGGGGACGAUGAUGCUAAUGAAGAUAAAGACAGUGAUUUUGAAGUGGAAGGUGAGGAAGAGUCUGGCAGUGAUUGGGAGAAAAGCACCGGAAAUUCUCAAAAACAAAAGGUAGGAAAACUUAAGUUUUGAGUCAUUUACAUAGUGCUUGUAGCAGAUACUAUCUUUUAAAAAUACAUGUGACCUAGUUAGAUUAACUCUGUGCAGGCCAAUGGGUUUUUUUUAAAUUUUUUUGUUACAUUUUUUUUUUUAAAAGGUCAUCUCUCAGAAUGGGAUACCAUAAAAAGAGUAUGAUACCCUUCAUGUUACCUAUUUAAUUGUUCUUCAUGUUACAUAUUUAAUUGUUCAGAAAUGAAUGGGGAUUAAUAUUUCAUUAAAUUUGCUUGAAAAUGAUUGUGUUUCCUAAAAAUCCUGAUUGAUAUAUGAAAAUGAUUUUACAUUUUAACAUUUUUUUUACACAAACCACAGUGUCAGAAGAAGAAAAAAAAACUAUGGCAGAAAUAGUUUAAAAUGUAUUGGUAUUUCAUAUUCCUCUGUAUCCCAAUCAUCAGAAGAGUCACUUAGGGAUUCAUUUAAGUUAAUUUCAGUGUUUUCUAAACUCAUUUUGGAUUUUAAAAUUAUUUGUUAUUGAAGCAGCUAGCUGGAUAGCAGUUAAGACAAGAGAAAAAAAUGGAUGACUUAUAACUCAUCUCAGUUGCGUUGAUUUAAAAACAAAUUUGUUUUAAAAAAUUGAUAAUUGUAAUUAAAACUUUAAUUUUUAUAAAUUAAAUCCUUUUUAUUAUAAUAAUAAUUUUAAUGCUUAACUAAAUAAAAAAUAAAUGUUACCAAAAAAAAAAGGUUAGCUCCACCCCCUUCUCACCCGGCGAACUGGAUUUCUAUAGUUGGCCUGUACAGAGUUAAGAUGAAUUGAUCGACAACACAUAACAAUCUAGUAUGUCUAUCAUACAAUUACUGUCUGUCUUGCAGGGGGGAAGAAGCAGUAGAAAUAGAGGCCCACCAAAGGGACCAAGUAAAAAAGCUGUAGGCAAGAGGAAAGGUUCCCGGCGGGCCAGUCACGCUAAAGAAGACUCUGAUGAGGAAGAUAUUGAGGAUGACGAGCCAUAUGUACCAAGGCCAUCUAAAAGAAGGGGAGGUGCGGUUUCCAGAGACUCUGAAGACAGUGAUGAGGGUGCUAAAAAGAAGAGGAAACGAGAACCCUGCCAGUAUGGCAAGAAAUGUUACAGGUAAGUUUGUCUUUAAGAAACAGUGGGUUACUUGCUGAUUCAUAAUGGGCACAGGCAUGAAACUUUCAUGUUUAGCACUGGUAUGUAACAUCAAAUGUUUUUAAAAUUCAUUGCUGAUGACUAAUUCUAAAGAGUGCUAAUGUGAAGUAAUUUCUUCAUGUUAAGAUUCUGUAGCUUUCAUCUCAAGUGACUAUCACAAGAAAUACAUAAUUUAUGAAGACUAUUUUGUUAUUUAACUUGUCUUAUUUUAACUUGGGCUAUUUUGGAUCGAUUAGGAAAAACCCAGUCCACUUCCGUACAUACUGUCAUCCUGGUGACUCAAGCUUUGAUGAUGAAGAGGGUGAGGAAAAGGAGGACGCUAAGGAAAGCAGCAAGUAAAUGCAUAUCUGCUACAUUAACUUACACUACACUUUAUUGUUCCAUAUAACCAGCCACAUUACUUGUAUCCGCAAAUAAAUACACAGCUUCUACAUUAACUUGCUCAUUAAUAAUGUUGAUUGUUAAAUGUAACCAGUUUAUUCUUGGUAAUAUGAAAAAUGUGAUCAUAAUAUGAGCUAAAGUUAGUUUUUAACAUUGAAUUAACAAUAAUUUCUUUUAUUUAAAAAAUUAUUUAAUGAAAAUUUAGGAAAGAUUCCAGUAAAACAAGUAAAGAAAAGCCUAGUCGACCACAGCGUAGCACUGCAGGUAAGCUAUUGCUAUCCUUCCCAUAGGAAUGAUUUGUUACUAAUGGCAUAGGAUAAUCCUCUUUGUGCCCCUAGAAUACUUGAAAUGUGUAGAAAUUCUCAUCAUUUAAAAUAAUUGUCACUGACUUUUAACUAAUUUGAUGUUUUUUAAAAAUUCUUAAUUUGGAAAAAAAAAUAAUGUUUUAUUAUAGCUAUUAUUUCUUGUAUAAUGCAUAUUAAAAUAGAUUCUGAAAAUCAUUUCUAUACUAAUAUCGAUUCUGAUAAUUUGUCAUGGUUCACUACCUUACGUUUAUAUAAAUCGACAUUUUCCUGCUAUUCAUAUAUUUAAUGAUAUUGUCUCAUGUGUUAGGUACCAGACUAGUCACACAUGGAGGGGAUGAAGAUGAUUUACCUGACACCUAUGACAAUGACAGCCUUGUUGACGAUGGCACACAACCAACUGACGAUGAGUCUGAACCUGACGACUCAGAUUAUGACGUUGGAAAAGAUGGCCCAGAUGCCAAAAAGGGUUCCAAGAAUUCAAAGGUGACCAAGCCUGUUGGCAAAGCCGUUGAAUCUGAUUGAUUGAUUUUAAUGUACGCUAGAGUUGACGUUUGAGUGACUGUGGCAUGAUUGCUGCUAAUGAGUUGCAUAUGUGAUGACUGUUGAUACAGAGCGAGGUAAAGUUAGUACCGUACAAAACAUGUUUUAAGCAGCAACAUUUUAUGACAUGCCAAACUGGCAUAUUGUUAACAUAAUCAUUUAUGAUGCUUUCCCAUAUGAAUGGAUUUUUUGUUUCGUUAACAUAAAGCUUUGAUCAUUUACAAGGGAGUAGAAGUUAAUUUGAUUAAAUGUUAAGCAUUGCCUCUGGCUUUGUUUCAAUACACACCAGAUUUGAUAAAUAUGUGGUUCUUUUUAGUUAUGGGGAGCAAGAUAGAAAUGAAACUUUCUUCCCUUUCAAAAGUUAACUUUUAAUUCCCCGCACUUAAUUUGUUGCUUCUAGUCAUCAACUCUCUACCCCUCUUUUUUUUUAAUGCAAACACUGAUGUUUUUUUUUAAGACUUCGUAGAUUUAAAACAUGACCAUUUCACUGUCAAUGUUUUUUAAUAAUUUUAUCCCAUUUGAAGCAUUGUUGUGAAAUUCUGUGAGGUAUCGAAUGUUCAGAGCUCAUGCAUAUUGCAUUGCAUCUUCUAGUAAUCUGACUUUGUUCCAAAAAUAAAAAAAUUUUGUUGAGGACCUCUCAUUAUUCUGUUUAGGGGAUUUCAAUAUUGAAAAAUGUGUUCAAUUAAAUAAAUAUUUACAUUUUUAUAUUCUAUACAUCUACC